AUGAACCGGGUCCAACGAGGUGGAGGAAGCAGUGGUAGCGGCCUCGGCACUAUGGAAGUGAAGAGCAAGUUUGGUGCAGAGUUCCGACGGUUUUCUUUGGAGAGAUCAAAGCCUGGCAAAUUUGAGGAAUUCUAUGGAUUACUUCAGCAUGUUCACAAAAUACCCAAUGUUGAGGUCUUAGUUGGAUAUACAGACAUUCAUGGAGAUCUCCUACCAAUUAAUAAUGAUGACAACUACCACAAAGCAGUCUCCACUGCUAAUCCUUUGCUUCGGAUUUUUAUUCAGAGAAAAGAAGAUGCAGACUAUAGUGCCUUUGGGACAGAUACCAUGACAAGGAAGAAAAACGUCUUAUCCAAUGUGCUGCGUCCUGAUAACCAUAGGAAAAAGCCACACAUUGUUAUUAGCUUGCCACAAGACUUCAGGCCAGUGUCUUCUAUUAUUGAUGUGGACAUACUUCCAGAAACUCAUCGCCGAGUACGGCUUUAUAAAUAUGGAACUGAGAAACCUCUAGGAUUUUAUAUACGAGAUGGCUCUAGUGUCAGAGUAACCCCUCACGGGCUAGAAAAAGUUCCUGGUAUAUUCAUAUCCAGGCUGGUUCCUGGAGGUCUGGCUCAAAGCACAGGUUUACUGGCUGUUAAUGAUGAAGUCCUAGAAGUAAACGGCAUAGAAGUUUCAGGAAAAAGCCUCGAUCAAGUUACAGAUAUGAUGAUUGCCAACAGUCGUAAUCUGAUAAUUACGGUGAGACCAGCAAACCAGAGGAACAAUGUUGUUAGGAACAGCCGGACUUCUGGUAGCUCAGGACAGUCUACUGAUAACAGCCUUCCAAGUUACACUCCACACAUUGUGCCACGCUACCAACCUGAGGAAGAAGACAGUGAUGAAGAUGAUAUAAUCAUUGAAGAUAAUGGGGAGCCACAGCAAAUUCCAAAAGCUGCUCCAUCCAGUGAAAGUCUGGAUUCACUGACACAAACUGAGACCCACCAUGAGCCAAUGCAGAAUGGCUUCAUUUCUUCCAGAGAAGUCAACUUGUACUGUUCAACAAGCAGCAUUAAUGUGGAAUUUAAAAUUCAGGGUUCUGACCAAAAGACCUUAGAAGAAGAUGGGACAAUCAUCACAUUGUGAAAGUGCUUCAUUUGCUUUUUCAAAUUAAGAGGCCAAAAACUAUACCUACUUGGCAGCACCUAUACAGUACAUACCUCUCAAUUACUAUAUUUCAGUGGCUUUUUAUAGUAACAAAAUGGAGUUUUGAUUCACUUCAUUUGUUCCAUUUUGAAAUCUAGCUGAGUAAUAUUUUUUGAAACAUGGGCUGGCUCUCAUCUUACAUGUUUAAGACAGAACAAGGGUGUGAUGUCCUUUUUCCAUUUUUGGUUCUUAUCAUGCAUAUUUUAGUCUGCAUAUUUUAAUCUCAUUGCACACAUCUUGAAGUCAAAUGAGAUCCAGCCCAGAGAAUGCCUUAUU